AUGGGCUUCUUCGACUUCGACACGGGGUCCGUCCUCUCCCACAAGUCCUCCCACUCCCGCCGCCACUCCUCCAAGAAGCACGGCGGCAGCAGCAAGCACCGCUCCCGCUCCCGCUCCUCCACCCGCUCCAAGCGCCACAGCGGCACCCCCAGCAUCGCCGCCUCCCUCUUCGGCGGCGACGACUACAAGAAGCACAGCGCCUCGCGUUCUUCCUUCUUCGGCAUCCCCAGCGCCUCGCGCUCGUCCGGCUCCUUCUUCGGCCUCGGAGGCCGCUCCCCCUCCUACUACAAACGCUCCCCCCGCGGCGGCUUCGUCCAGAAGACGCUGAAGCAGGUCAAGCGCCUCUGGCGCGACCUCGUCUACUACGCCAAGAAGCACCCCUACAAGGUCCUCGCCCUCGUCAUCAUGCCCCUCAUCACCGGCGGCUUCCUGACGGCCCUCCUCGCCCGCUUCGGCCUGCGCCUGCCCCCCGCCGUCGAGCGCAUGAUCGGCAUCGGCGCGAAGGCCGCCCAGGGCGACAGCGUCGGCCUCGUCGGCGAGGCCGUGCGUAUGGCCACCAACGGCCUCGGCGGCAAGCCCGGCUCCGUCAACAUCGAGCGCGGGUACGGCGACGGCAUGCGGUGGGAGAGGAGGACCGUCGAGAGGGAGGGCGGCGGGUGGGGCGACGGGCUUGUUAACGGGAUCGCCAAGAUGUUCGUCUGA